GAAUGUGGACGGCGACACAAGGCUAUCCAGCGCAGGCAUUUUUGCAGGUCAGACUUUGGCUUCGGGAAAGGAAUAAAUUUAGCUCCUCCUAACUUUUCCGGGUACCUGCUAUCAGAUUUGCAAGUCCCAUAUGAACAAUGCUUCACCAUUUUCACAAGAGGCAAACAUUCAGACAGUAUAUAGGAUGUCUUGAGGCUGAGUUUACUUAGACUUCUGCAACCAGUUUCACGCGUCAUGUAGUACUGUAACAGCCAUGUUGUCGGAGUUUUGUCCAACCUGUGGGCGGAGCUAAAGGGGUGAACGCGUUGUGCAAUUUGAUUGGCUUAUCGUCCGUCAAUCAUAUCGCGAAUGGAUCGGUGUAUUAUGAAAAUGUUGUUCUGCUCAAUGUCUUCUAUAUUUAGAGAAACAGGAUUUUUGAUUAGUUGGCUGUGUGCUAACUACAGCGAUUGUGUUAUUUAUAAUAUCAGAACAAGCUGAUAUUCCAGGUUGUGAGUUUAUUUCCAUUUAUCGAUGUUCUUGCACUAAUGAUCAAGCAAAAAGUGUGCAAUUAUAUCUAGGACCAGUUACCCUGACUGUUCUGUUGUGCAAAAGCAUGGACUACAAAUUAAGUAAAAGUGAAAUUACGGCUUUCAAAAUCCAAGAAGUUUAUAAGAAGGACUUAAAACUAGACUGAUCCUUUUGAAUGAGGAAGGCCUAGUCUUAGCAGUUUCACCUAUGAAAUCCUGCAAAUAAUCGUACCGUUAAUACUGUGGCGAUUUUGCUAGAGACAGUAUAUUAUUUCAUAUAACUGCAUGGUAGGUUAGGGGUUAAUUUUCUGCCUUGUCCAUAACGUAGACACAGGUUUUACCGGUAGAAUGUAAAUUUUUAUGGGUUAGACAUGUCCUUAAAUUAAAUUAGAAUUUUUGUGGAAUAUUUUGAAAUAUAUAUAUUUUUUUUUUUGUAACAUGUAGAGACAGGAUAUUUUGGGGACUCAUGAGAGCAAGUUGUUUUUGGCGCCUUAAUAUAACUUUUGAAGGACACAGUUUCCGUGGACCCCUGUCCCUUCCAACGAUGCAACCCAUUAAUGACAGGAAACGAGGAUGAUGGGGGAAGGUAUACGAAAUCGACGAUAUUCGUCGGCAGCCAGCCGGCUUUCUCUGGCAAUGUCCGCUCCGCUACUGCGCAUCAAACAGCUGCCAACACGAGGCAAAUGGAUGCUGGGAAUAUCUUUUCUGUUGGCUGUUGUUAUGUGGAUUAUCAUUUUGUCGACCAUCAGUCGCAAUCACUUAACAGAAGAGGAUUUCCUUGAGGCGAGGAAGUGUCCUGUGUGUUACGGAAUGACAAUGUGCCACCCGCUUUUCAACGGGGAUGUUCAUCUGGUUGGCUUUUCUCGUGUCAGGCUACUUGAUGCAGUCAACGUGAAGAACGUUUUCUUUGGGAGUUACCUGGACAAAGCUGUGGUCUUGAAAAAGCUUGGUCAUAAUGAUGAAUUGAAGCAAUUUGACGACAGUGUUUGUGAGGAGACUGGACGAGAGAGCGGAUGCGAUGUGGCAAAAGUAAUCUUCACAUCUCCACAGCUUCGAGUCGUGAAAAACACCGACCUCACUCCAGAUCAUAUCAAGGGCCUGUCUGAUUUCACCAGGUGCCCAUCACAACGCCUCCUGAAGCGCAUACUGGAGCGUUUCCGUGAACAAACGGAACCCGGCAGGCAUCUACUGUUCCGAGACAAAGUUAUGCUGCUGACGCUCCUCAAAAUCAAUCCAGAGCCUCUAAUUCUUCAGACAUUUUCCUCAGAAUCUGGCUGGCCUUUCCCGGAGUACAUAGGAGCCUGUGGCAGGUUUAUUGUAGAGGGGAAUGCUGGAAAGAUGCUAGGGGAGUUUUACAAUGCUCCAUUCCACAAGCGAGUUGACUUGGCAUAUCAGAUACUCAAAAUAGCAGAACUGCUGACGAAUAAUAAAGAUUCUUACGCCUUGUACUGGUCGGACUUGAGCUACGAUAACUUAGCCGUGAACAAAGAUGGCAAAGUGACGGUGAUUGACGUGGAGAAUAUCCAGGUGGUAGACAAGCUAGCUGUGGAGAGAGCUAAGCCCCCUGGCUGGAGUGAACUUCAUGAGAACAGGCACACCCCAUGUCGCUCUGGCAGCAACUGUCUCAGCUUUGAUCCCGACAGUCUGUGUACCCACGUAGACUCUGAUCACAACUAUUACGCAGCCUGCCACAAUCUCCUGUCCCCAUCGGCUGACGACGAACAGGGCCGUACUGCCGGACUUCUACACUCAAUGCCUGACUACGCCAAAGAUGACUACCAGCUAGAAUACCUACUGAUGGAGUGUGUGAAACCUUCACGGCCCAAGGGGAGAAUUGCAAUCAAGGACGACCUGCUGUCCAAGCUGAAUGAGCUACGGAUUAUCGCCAUAGAUAAAGGCGAAUAAUACUCCACUACCCCGGGGGCCUGUUCUACAAAGCUGUCAUAAUGUCGUAUCAAGAGCAUUUACCACGACGACGGAUUGUCUUUAUUUAUUUUAUUUUUAUUUUGAUUGGUGUUUUACGCCGUGCUCAAGAAUAUUUCACUUAUGGGAUUGUCUUUACUAUUUCUUGUCAUGGACGUUGCGUUGGGCACAAGUUACCUCCCCUAUUCAAACAUAUGUAUAUAUAUAUAAGAGCAUGCGCCGCUCUCUACACUCGCCGUAUAUCACUGUCACCAGUAACAAAUUAUGUACAUAGAUCAUGUAGAGGUCAAUGGGUUGACAAAGGUCAGGCAUGGAAAACAAAAUCGCUUCCUCUCUUGACGUCUGUUUUUGUUAUUAUCUGACGAACAUCUGAAGCAGUUUUAUUGAUGAAUGGCUGAUUGUAGUUCAGCAUAAGGGCAUCAGUUUUGAGGCUAAGCCUGAACACGCCCACGCUUGUUGCAUGGAGGGCAAAGGUCAAACUUCUCUAAUGGUGGUAGUUUUGUUGAGAAAGUGUAGAGAAUGCCGCAUGCACCGUAAGGAGUAUGAUUGGAGACAGUAGGCCUAUGGUUGACUUCGAUUUCUCUACAGCCUUUGUUCCAUUGAUCCAAUUUUUUUCAAAUCAUGAGCCAUAAUGGAGAGCGAUAUCGCUGAAGAACACCGGGAUGUGCGAAAAUGAGGCGGUUGUGAUUUGCAUACAGAUUUAUUAACAGCCAAUGAAACAAGAGUUUGUUCAGCUAUCGUUGUGAAACGGAUUUGGCCCCAGAAUGAUAAACAAGUCAGACAACUAACAUCUUCUGGACCCAGUUCACAAAGUGGCGUACGACAUUGGGUUUUUUUUAUAGUACAUCUGUGGUACAGUAGACCUGGACUGAGAUCUGCAAAGGAAAAGGUUGUCCCCCUUGUCUGCAGGAAGAAGUUUUUAGAAUGAGACAUUCUGUCAUGCUGUCUUCACAGUUACUGUAUAAAGCACUGAAACCAGUGCUCGGUUGUUCCAAAGUGUAUUUAUAGCUAAUACAGGUGUUAGGUUAUAUAUAUUUUACGAUUUUAACAACACCAAAAAAAAAAAAAAAAAAAUACAGCUGUGCAGAGAUCAUAUGGAACAACAGGAGAUUUAGUUCGUGUUUAAUAUAUUUUUUGUACUGUUAUUUUUGGGCCGUGCAAAACUGAAGACUUGGCUUAAAGUUAAAUUCAUUAUAAAGUCCUAGGACAGUUUUGAACAACUGGCCCGAGAGAAAAUUGAGAGUAUUUAAAACACGUUCUCUGAGAGUAUUCAAAACACGCUCUCUAAUUACCAUUCCAGUUCUAGGCAGCUGGGAUAUGAGGAAAUCCCGCUGAUUUUGU